CAUACUUUUUCGGCACAGUCGAUAGCGCGCCGGACUUCGGGCUAGAAGCUCCCUGCUGUUUCAUUACAGUGUGAUGUAAGGUGAUUUGUAGAUCCGGCAGUCACCUGCUGUCAUUUUGAUGCUCUCGAACACGGCCAAUGAUACUUAGCCAUAUUUGGUGGUUAGUGGAAAGGUCAUGGCAAGAAGGGAUAUAGCGAAGACACUAUGCUGUGGCUACAGCUUUUGUCAAGUUAACGUCAAAAGUGCAUAUUAGCUAACCAUUAACUCUAUUCCUAACCUGCUAUGUUAAUUCUCCUAAUGUACGAAAAGUGAACUAUGACAAAAGCUGUAUCCAUCUAGUCAAAACCGAGUGGAAAUUUCAACCGGAUGCUUCAGAUUUAUACAUCCGGUGAAACAUCUGGCUACUUAUAUCUGUGGCCAUGUUGCACCAACGGGCUUACCGUGAAGUUAUCUCAAAAUUAUGGUUUAUACGAUUUCAGACAACAGGUUUGAAUUCGCAACAGGUUUGCGUCCGGCUUCUCCCCAGCCCUCGCUGUUUCUUCGACGAACCGGUGCACGUGAAGGUAGAUGGACUUUCUCCCCACCAGAAAGUAGAGUUGAGGUCCAAACUCAAGGACGAUAAAGGGGUCAUCUUCAGAGCUUCCGCUCUGGUCGCUGCAGAUGCUAGCGGACAGGUGGACCUGUGUCGCUCUCCCUCUCUGGGCGGCAGCUACACGGGAGUUGAAUCCAUGGGCUUGUUUUGGGCCAUGGCGGCCGAGACUCCACACAGCAAACUGUUAAAAAAAAAUGUUUUGGGUUCAAUGACGGUUGACAUAGAAGUGCUGCAUGGGGACACAGGUGAACUCUUGGCCACAGAGACCAACGAGAGGCGGUUCAUGGCGGAUGGGGUAAGGAGAAUACCGUUGGGCAUGAAAGAAGGGAGAAUUCGGGGAGUCCUCUUUCUACCACCCGGGCAGGGUCCAUUCCCCGGUGUACUGGAUGUGUAUACUCUGGGUGGAGGUAUAUCAGAGGUUCGAGCCAGUCUGCUGGCUAACAAAGGCUUUGUGGUUCUGGCUCUGGCCUACUAUGGCUUCCAGGACCUGCCCAGAACCUUGCCCAAAUACUUUGACCUGGAGUACUUUGAAGAGGCUAUCACUUUCCUGAGGCGACAGCCACAGGUACAGGGUCCAGGAAUAGGAAUCCUGUCCAUCUCGAAGAGUGGGGAUCUGGCUCUGUCCAUGGCCUCUUUUCUCUCUGGCAUCUCAGCCACAGCCUGGAUCAACGGCAGCAACGCUAAUACGGUGGCGCCACUGCACUACAAAGACCUCAUCAUCCCUUCCAUCACGCCUAUCGUUGAGAACGUCACCUUCUCACCGUCCGGCAUCCUCGACAUCCGAGACGCCUUACCGGACCCAGAGACUGAGGGGAACCGCGGUUCUGUGAUCCCAAUAGAACGUUCCAAUUCUAGGUUCCUCUUCGCUGCCUCUGAGGACGACAGGAACUGGAACAGCUGUCUCUUCGCCCAACAGGCUGCCGCCCGGCUGAGGCAUCAUGGGAAAGAGAACUUUGAGGUGGUAAUGUACCCCAGGGCGGGGCAUUUUCUGGAAGUACCCUACAUGCCCCACUGCCCGUCAGGCUUCCAUUCCGCGGUUGGUCAAGUGGUGGUGUUUGGGGGAGAGGCUAAAGCCCACCAUCAGGCUCAGCUGGACCUGUGGAGGAGGGUCCAGGAGUUCUUCAGGAAACACCUGGACAGGAACAACACUGCCCAGAAAGCUAUGUUAUAUACUAGAGGGUAAGACAAGGGUUUCCGUUAGGAACAUUUGGCACCGGACAACAUAACCGGGAAGAUUUUAAUUGACCAGACAUUGAGAAAUGUACUGGACAUCCGUAUGCAUUCAGAUCCGACUACAAAGAGAGAGGGAAAUAAACUGCCGACCUGGCGAGGCCAGUGCCAUCAUUAAACGAGGGAUAGCCUAUUGGCCAAAUGAGCCACAUUUUAGUUGUCCUUAACAGCCUAUAACAAAUUACAAAAACACUUCAGUGUUUUAGAUGUGUAGCAUAAGCAAACAUGUAUGGCCUAUUGUUUUAUUGGGUUUUACUUCCCUAAAACAUUUGUCCACCUCACGGUUCAGCUGUCGGGAUAUUUGAGCACUAAAUGCAUCAGGGCAUUGCAUGCAUAUGCCUAUAGGCUUAGACGUCCACCGUAUUAUAUGAAUAUAAAAAAAUAAAAAAAAACAUGUAAAAUAAGAGAGACUUAUUCCUUGCCCCAGAGACGGAGAGAGGAGAUGUGGCAUGCUGCGACACCUCCAUGCAUUUGUCAGAUGGUUAGUGUCUGCAAGAGAUAGAUGUACAGAAGGAGGCUUAUUCAUUCAUUUUCAAUCAUGUUUUUUAUAAACAUACUCCUAUAAACAAUAUGAUUAACUCUGGUAGGCCUAAAAUGUUCUUCCUCACAUAAACUUCAACUGUCAGAGUCGGUUGGAGCAUCGGUGCGCUCUGCUUUCAUAGUCCUGCAGCAGCCAAAGUUUAAUAGGCCUAAUAGCCGCACCAAACUUUAACAAAGGUUUCUCAACUUUAUUAGGGAAAUAUCAAAAGUCAUUGUUUGUAGAGAAAAUAUGAGCAGGCUAUUAUAUUGCAGUAAACACACCAUUAUACAGUUUUUUAUUUAUUUAUUUUUUAUUUAACCUUUAUUUAACCAGGUAGGCAAAUUGAGAACACGUUCUCAUUUACAAUUGCGACCUGGCCAAGAUAAAGCAAAGCAGUUCGACACAUACAACAACAUAUAGUUACACAUGGAGUAAAAACAAACAUAUAGUCAAUAAUACAGUGAAAAAAAAUAAGUCUAUCUACAAUGUGAGCAAGUGAGGUGAGAUAAGGGAGGUGAAGGCAAACAGAUAUAUGUAUAAAUAAAUAAAAUAUAAAAAGGCCAUGGAGGCGAAGUGAGUACAACACAGCAAGUAAAAUAAAAACUAAAAAACACUGGAAUGGUUGGUUUGCAUUGGAAGAAAGUGCAAAGUAGAGACAGAAAUAAUGGGGUGCAAAGGAGCAAAAUAAAUUAAUAAAUAAAUACAGUAGGUAAAGAGGUAGUUGUUUGGGCUAAAUUGUAGAUGGGUUAUGUACAGGUGCAGUAAUCUAUGAGCUGCUCUGACAGCUGGUGCUUAAAGCUAGUGAGGGAGAUAGGUGUUUCCAGUUUCAGAGAUUUUUGUAGUUCGUUCCAGUCAUUGGCAGCAGAGAACUGGAAGGAGAGGCGUCCAAAGGAAGAAUUGGUUUUGGGGGUGACUAGAGAGAUAUACCUGCUGGAGCGCGUGCUACAGGUAGGUGCUGCUAUGGUGACCAGCGAGCUGAGAUAAGGGGGGACUUUACCUAGCAGGGUCUUGUAGAUGACCUGGAACCAGUGGGUUUGGCGACGAGUAUGAAACGAGGGCCAGCCAACGAGAGUGUACAGGUCGCAGUGGUGGGUAGUAUAUGGGGCUUUGGUGACAACGGAUGGCACUGUGAUAGACUGCAUCCAAUUUAUUGAGUAGGGUUUUGGAGGCUAUUUUGUAAAUGACAUCACCGAAGUCGAGGAUUGGUAGGAUGGUCAGUUUUACAAGGGUAUGUUUGGCAGCAUGAGUAAAGGAUGCUUUGUUGCGGAAUAAGAAGCCAAUUCUAGAUUUGACUUUGGAUUGGAGCUGUUUGAUGUGGGUCUGGAAGGAGAGUUUACAGUCUAACCAGACACCUAGGUAUUUGUAGUUGUCCACAUAUUCUAAGUCAGAGCCGUCCAAAGUAGUGAUGUUGGACAGGCGGGCAGGAGCAGGCAGCGAUCGGUUGAAGAGCAUGCAUUUGGUUUUACUUGUAUUUAAGAGCAGUUGGAGGCCACGGAAGGAGAGUUGUAUGGCAUUGAAGCUCGCCUGGAGGGUUGUUAACACAGUGUCAAAAGAAGGGCCAGAAGUAUACAGAAUAGUGUCGUCUGCGUAGAGGUGGAUCAGAGAAUCACCAGCAGCAAGAGCGACAUCAUUGAUGUAAACAGAGAAGAGAGUCGGUCCAAGAAUUGAACCCUGUGGCACCCCCAUAGAGACUGCCAGAGGCCCGGACAACAGACCCUCCGAUUUGACACACUGAACUCGAUCAGAGAAGUAGUUGGUGAACCAGGCGAGGCAAUCAUUAGAGAAACCAAGGCUGUCGAGUCUGCCAAUGAGGAUGUGGUGAUUGACAGAGUCAAAAGCCUUGGCCAGGUCAAUGAAUACGGCUGC